GUCAUCCUCGUCCACUGCGAGGAGACGUGAAAUAAACAGUGAACACGCUCGCUGCUGGUGCAGGGCACAUUACUAAUUGGCUGUCUGUGAAGCAUCCAACUUCCAGAAGCUCAAGGCAACAGACAGGACCCCCCUGCCACCUGGUAACCCCCGGUAACCCCCCUUUACGCGAUAUUUUUGACCGUCUUGGAACCUUCGGGAUCCACGCUUGUCUAUCGAUACACGCUGCACUGACGCAGUACAGACAGACUCCGGAGUAGCGCGGAUCCGCUUGCGAGGACGAACGUGAGCUUGCGCGUAUUAUUUGCUGGCAGCAGUGUCCUUUUUAAAUCCUCCCCCCAAGUCGUCACCGUGUCACAGUUCACACAAAUCCGCCCGUCACAGCCUGAAAUGUUCUCCGACCUUCCGUCGCUUCCGUACCCGCCUGCCGGCGACGGGUACUGGGGCUCAGUGACUUCGACUCUCAAUUGGUGCGAGGAGGAUUACUAUGCCACACAGUACUCGGCCGAGAUCGUCAACUCGCUGACCAACCUCAUCUUUGUGUACCUGGCGGCUAAGGGGAUCUCGAGCUGCCUCCGUAACGGACAUGAUCGGGUCUUCCUGGUCGCCUUUCUAAGCUAUCUUGUCAUUGGUCUAGGCAGCUUCUGUUUCCACUCGACUUUGAAAUACCCAAUGCAACUGCUCGAUGAGCUGUCUAUGAUCUACACGGCGUGUGUCUUGUUCUAUGCCGUUUUCUCGCGUGGCCGCUCCACGCUGAGCGCUGUGGUGAUUGGUGUCUCGAUCACGGCCCUCGCGGCCUUCAUCACCGGAUACUACCACUACCUGCAGAACCCGGUGUUCCACCAGAACGCGUUCGCGUUGUUGACCGCCGUCGUGGUACUCCAGAGCAUGUACAGCAUGGAGAAAACCCUCCGGCCAUCCCGACGACGCGCAGCCGGAGACAGCUCGAGCAGACCCGCGGCCGAACAGGCGCGCAUCGACUGCCGCGACACCGCCAUCCUGCGCAACAUGUGGCAGAUGAUUGCCUGCGGAUUGACCUCGAUUGCUGCGGGGUUUUUGAUCUGGAACCUGGACAACAUCUUUUGCCCGUCGCUCCGUCGUUGGCGUCGCGACGUGGGCCUUCCUUGGGGUAUUCUUGCUGAAGGCCACGGCUGGUGGCACAUUAUGACCGGUAUUGCAGCUUACUUCAACCUCACCUGGAGCAUUUGGCUUCGCUAUUGUCUCAACGGCAAACAGGACGAGGUAGAGCUGGUCUGGCCGUCGCUCUUUUGUGUUCCGAUCGUUGAACGUACACGGAGAAAGCAGCAAUAAAAGUUAAUAGUAUCAUUCACAGUAGCCACCUGUAUCUAGCAUCUACUAUAAACCAACGAUGACAC